CGGGAGUGAAUCUCAAGGUCAAUUCCUUAUCCAAUCACAAUGUGUGAGAAAGGUUUUAGUUUUUAAGGCCAAAGCACUAUAACUAAAGCGCGCUAUUCAACUAUGCGUAUGGAGUUGCUAGUUGAAAUGCAUAGCAAUCUGAGUGCGGUAUGUUAAACCGUUAGUAAAUGUUGUUGAAUUCUAAAUCAUAUUGAUAUCUUGUGAACGAAAUAUCUGAAUUAUUUUGGUGUUCAUCAGGCUCACUUCAAUGAGCGUCGUGCAAACCAGUGUAUGAAAAUCGGGAAUGUUGAGGGAGCAAUCUGCUAUUAUCGAAAAUCCAUCGCUUUCAUGGAAUUAGCUCGAGAAGAAGUUGAAGAAGAAGAUCAUGACUUUGUAGUCAUCGAUUUGCAGUUAUCAGCUCUAAAACUUAGCUUAAGUGAGGCAGUAUCGAAAAAGACAGCGAUAUUAUCUCGUGAACAAAAUACCAUUUUAAAACCAACAGCUAAAGUUCAACCACCUGCUAGUAGGAAAUUAUCAGAUCCCUUAUCAUUAUCUUCAAAUCGAACAUCCGAGGAAAAAGAAAAAGUCAAUGCAGUCAAACUACCCAAAACUGAAUUUCAAACACAUGAAGAAUUGGUCACAUGCAUUGAAGAGCUUCGUAAACUAGUGGACGUGUUAACGUCCCAGCUUGGUCGAGUUCGUCAAAUGCUUACCGAAGAACGUGAACGCCGUCUUGCGAUAGAAGCUGAACUGAUAUCUUCUGGUGCUUAUGUCUGUCAGUCUAGUAAAUGUUUCUCCUACCAUGACUAUGAUGAUAAUGAUGAUGGUUUUGAUGAAAAUAGGCCAUGUAUUUUUACAGAUCUUUCAAAUCAUACAUGUAUAACUGGAAACCAAAACAGUAUGCCGUCAAUCCGAACCGAUUCACCUACCCAAGAUCGAAAUAUUCACCAGUCUCUUCAAGAAUUAUCUAUUACCAAAGCAUCAGACUCAUCGCAAUCCAUCUAGUUCUCUGUGAUAAUAAUCUCGCGAUGUAUCACUUACAGAUAUACUUUCUGCUGGGUUUUCCCCGUUUGACAGCUGACCCGGUAUUCCAUUGAAUGCAAAUAUUUAAUUUUGCAGCUGAUUUCUUAUCACCCCUCUGCUCCUUACGACAGACAAUCCGGCAUGUAUCAGCCUCGAUACGAUAGAUCUCUGAGAUAUUCAAUAGACAGCACUAUAUUUUUUUUCAUGGUAUGCAUUUGACUUUAUCUAAUUUGUUUUUUAUGUAUUUUCAUAAUAUCCAGCGCAAUGAAGAGUAAAACUGUUCCCUAUAUUUCACUGCCUUUAAUAUUCGAGUAGAAUGUGUGUGAUGUCUUUCAAACUGCUGAUACAUAGAUUGUGCAUCCAUCCUGUACAUUUCAAGUGUUGAAUUUUUUUCUAAAUGAUUUUUGUCUUUCAAAUUCUAUGAUGAUUUUAGUAUAAUUAUCCUAACUAAAAGCAAUCAAGAAAAUUUAUGCUAUUUGUUGAAUAAAUGAAAUUUUAAGAGA